AUGAUGAAGAUCACUGCUCUUCUUUGUCUCUCCUUAGUGUUAACGACGGGUGCACAGAACGCCACCUCGUUCGAAGGAUGUGCUCUAAACAGCUACUAUGCGUCUAUCCUUGCAGAUUUUGGCACGGCCCCAACCACUUGGGGACAAGAAAAUGUUCGAUCUCUCAUACAAAACACCCACAGGAACAUAUUGCCGAACACUGCUACAAUUGCUGGAGGAGACGAUAUACUCACGGCUCUAAUCGAUUUGGAUCGCGGAACCAGCAACGACACCGUAAGGUUGUUGUACCGCAACAUAAAUUUUCCUUCGCUUCCUGCUGGAGACCGAAAUAGUUGGUCACGAGAAGACCUGUGGCCUAUCGAGCGUGGUGCAACACGUGAAUCUCCCGCAUUAACAGACGUGCACUCAAAAAAGCCAGCGGAUUCUUCGGUACUUCUCAAGAAAGAUCGCCUUUUUUUUGGAAUCUGUGGCACGGUUGAGAAUGAAGGUGCUUGUUCGCGUCCCGCUACGACUGAGACAGCAGAUGAUACGGAGCAGGACUCGAAAAUAUUUGCCCCUCCAGCCAGUUUCAGAGGAGACGUCGCCCGGAGUCUUUUCUACACCGCUCUGCGAUACGAAGAGCAACUUGGUCUCAGAUUGACGGAUUGUCCUCCUUUCAGGGAUGGUGAGUUUGGUUAUCUCUCCAUGCUUUUGAAGUGGCACGAGGAGGAUCGUGUGAGUCCCGAGGAACAAGCUCGAAAUAAUAGGGCGUGUGAGCGCUGGCAAGGAAACCGUAAUCCUUUCGUUGACUAUCCAGAAUUAGUGACACAGUACUUUGGCCAGCCCGAUACUAUUGUGGAUGGAACGAGAACGUACUCUCAAUGCACAACCCCGACAAAUGCCCCGACUGCCGAUCCGAAUGAAUGCUCCGACCUUAAGCCAGGUGACAUCCCAGUUUUUGUCCUCAACUCAGAUGACCCUGAUCAAGUAGUUUUCUAUCCUCUAGCGGAUAUUCCUGCCUCAAUUGGCGAGCUUUACGUGACCGACGACGCCUGGACCGGAACAGGCUUUCAGGGCAUUGAGGGGACCAUCACAUUCAAUGUUCCGGAAGAGGGCAUCAAAGCAGGCCAAAGUUUCGGAUACGGAAAGGGGUCACCUUUUUCAGACCGAUGGCAGGAGGAUCCUAGUGGCCUGUUCAGUCUUGGCAUCAACGGAGAUCAAAUUUUUAUCUACUGUCGUAAUGCGGACGAUUUGCCAAACUUUAUAGGAGGAUUUUCGUACAAUGGAAACUGGAGCAAUGUUGGUCUGGCUGAUUAUGGUACUGAUAAAAGUGCUCUCCCUGAAUCUCUUCAGGAAGUUGGCAGUAUUGCGCUCCCCCAUGCUGACAAUUGUCUCUACACUGGUCAGAUUGCGGGCCGCAAGUCUGAGCUCUUAGCUUCUUACGAAAAUAGCGAAAACUGGAGCUGUGAAAACGCAGUUCGGUACGAGAUUGAUUUGUCGUCCCGGGGCUUUACGGUGACUUCUUUGCUCUCUCUGGGUAUUGCAAUUAUUUCUCUUUCAUUCACCUAUUAGUAGGUGGAAUACGGAAAUUACCUGAUCGCAUUCUUUGUGAUAAGGACAUUCGAACAAUAGAACUCAUUUAAGAAUCAAUGGAAGUAC